AUGUCGGGUUACAUCACGUGCAAGUACAAUAACGGGGACCUGGUGUUUGCCAAGUUAAAGGGUUAUGCCCACUGGCCGGCGAGGAUAGAGCAAAUGGCUGAGCCCAACAGGUACCAGGUGUUUUUCUUCGGGACCCACGAGACGGCUUUCUUAGGCCCCAAAUACCUCUUCCCGUAUGAGGAGUCCAAGGAGAAGUUCGGCAAGCCCAACAAGAGGAGGGGCUUCACCGAGGGGCUGUGGGAGAUCGAGAACAACCCCACCAUCAAGGCUUCUGGCUGCCGGAGCCUGGAGAAGACCCGCGCCCAUGGGCCCAAGGUGGAGCCGGGGCCCCAGGUGGAGCCGGGGCCCAAGGUGGAGCCCGAGUCCGAGCCCAAGGCCCAGGAGGGCGAUGCAGACCAGCCCAGGAGUGUGGAGGGCAGUCAGGAGGACGCCCCGCAGGUAGAGGACAAGCCUGCCCAGGUGACGGAGAAGAAGGAGGAAGAGAAGGGCCUGCUGAAGAGGAAGGCAGAGAUCCUAUCGGAGGGCUCCCCCAAACAGCCUAGGGAGGUCACCCCCGAUGACGAAGGUGAGGAGGAAGCAGAGGAGAAGCAGGCAGCAGGCAGCAGCGAGCACAUGGAACAGCUCCUCGUGGAGGUAGAAGGUGGCGGUGCCACAUCAGUGCCUGACCUGGCUUGGGGGCCCAGGCCGGGGCUGGAGCAGGACCAGGAGCAGCAGAAGCAGAAGAGAGAAGCUGUGGAGGAGAACGCCAUAGAAAAGGAGACUCCUGAUGGUGAAGACGGAGAUGAUGACCUGUAG